GCAUAAAAUAAAAUUUCCCAAAAUGGAGCCUUCAAGCCCUAAAGAAGAGACCAAAUUACCGCCUGAGUUGCGCCCUCCUUGUCCAUCAAGGCCAACUGAAAAGUCACAUCACGAGAUCCAGCUGUUCAUCUCCUGCUGAGAUCUAAAGGAUCUCUACCAUGGAGCUAAGCUAGAUCCGUACUGUCGGAUCUGGCUUAAAAAUGAUGAAAGAACCGACUGGAAGUUACUCUGCAAGACUAAUGUAGUCAGAGGGACCCUGAACCCUGAUUUCGCGACUCCCAUUGGCAUAGAUUACUGCUUUGAGAAAUAACCAAGAUAUUAGGUUUGAGAUCUAUGAUGACGACCAAGGUGAAGAAGAACCCCAAGCUCAACAUACAUGUAAAGUCGCACAGAUCGUUGGGUCUCCAUCCCAGACUUACUCAGGAGAUCUUGACCAUAGGCACGAAGGAGGGAGGAUUAUAGUACAAGCUGAGUCUAUCAAGAGAGAAGACCAGAGCAUCAAAAUAUCCGUAUCUUGUACUGGCCUGAAGUCUAAGAAGAAAAACCUUGGUUUCACCGCCACGGAUCAUCCCUUCUUGGUAAUCAAAAAGUGAGAUAAGCAUAAUCCUACAGAUAAAGAUUAUGCUGAAGCAGAAGUGGUGUAUACUUCUGAAACUCAGCAUAAAACUUUGAACCCUCUAUGGCAUGUCGGUGAGCUCACGAUUGAGGAUUUGUGAUACUCUGAUCUUGACAUACCUUUAAUAUUUGAGAUAUGGUCAGCUCAACCCAAAGAAAAAUAAUAGAAUUUAUGGGACCGUCAAAGGUACAGCCAGAGAGUUCAUGGAGAAAGAGGAUCAGCCUAUUCCAAUAAUUAAGAGACAAGGAAACCAAUAUGGAAAGCUCUAUUUUGAUAAAUUUAAGAUGGUCCACAACCCAGCCAUUAUUGAUUACUUCCAAAGUGGCUGGAAUCUUACUUUCAGUGUUGCGAUCGACUUUUCAUUAUCAAAUGGAGAAUUUUCUGAUCCAGGUUCCUUACAUUUCAUCGAUUCCGAUGAUUUCGCCAAAAAGUCACCAUAUGAAGAAGUUCUCACAGAAGUAGGAAGUAUUCUACAGUGGUAUACAGCUGAUAACAAAAUUCCUGCCCUUGGAUUUGGAGCAAGGACCAGGCUCUCAUCUAGAACUAUGGAGCCAGACUGAUUCAACCUCAAUGGGCUCAAAGACUGGGAAGUCGAGGGUAUAGAAGGAGUCAUACAAGCCUAUAGAAAAGCAAUUGAGGGUGGCAUGCAGCCAUCCUCUCCUUCUAACUUUGAGCCAUGCAUCAGAAGAAUGAUGGAAUUCAUUGAAGAGAGAAAGGAGAUGAAUGAGUACAACGUAUUGCUUAUAAUCACCAAUGAGCCAUCAACCGAUUGGGCAACAACCAUCCCAACAAUUGCUGAAGCAAGUCAUCUCCCUCUAAGUAUAAUCCUAGUUGAACUUGGAGAUACAGAUAUUCUCAAGUACGACUCUUUGCAAACUGACUCAAGUUCAUUCAAAGAUUUUAAAAGGAAGCCAUCUCUCAGAGAGAUUUUCCAGUUUGCAAAAUUUAGCGACUACGAUGACUUUCCUCAUAGUUUGAAAGAGAACUUAUUGCAGCAGAUUCCUGACCAGUUCAUUGAAUAUAGACUACUCAGCAGUUAGUUUAAUAUUUUA